UUCGUAUAAAUACAUCUUCACCUUCAAGCCUUUCUGUCUUCUGUUGAGACUUCACAGCCUCAAAAGUUCAAAUUUGUUUACGGCAUAUAGUUUGCAGUAAUGUUUACUCUCUCAGACAAACAGAUUCUUAUUACUGCUAUAAUCUACUGGACAGUCCUUGUGUUUCAAGAAAAGUGCCCUGCAGCAAGUCCUGUUCCCGUUCCAGCUAAUUUUGUCUUCGGCGACUCGUUGGUUGAUGUGGGAAACAACAACUACAUUGUUUCACUUUCCAAGGCUGAUUACAUACCAAAUGGGAUUGAUUUCGGAGGCCCCACAGGACGAUACACAAAUGGCAGAACCAUCAUUGACAUUAUAGGUCAGGAAUUGGGUUUCCAGGGAUUUACUCCUCCUUACUUGGCUCCAUCUACAACAGGAGCCGUGAUUUUGCAGGGUGUUAAUUAUGCUUCAGGUGGAGCCGGAAUUCUUAAUCAGACUGGUAGCAUCUUUGGUGGUCGAAUCAACUUGGACGCACAGUUAGACAGUUUUGCAAACACAAGACAAGACAUGAUCUCAAGCAUUGGUGUUUCUGCAACUCUGGAGCUGUUGCAAGGGGCUCUCUUCUCAGUCACAAUCGGAGCCAACGACUUCAUCAAUAAUUACUUAACUCCCGUCCUCUCCACCACCGAGCAAAACUUGGUUUCUCCAGAAUCUUUCCUGGAAACCAUGAUUUCGAGAUUCAGGCUACAACUUGCGAGACUCUAUAAUCUGGGUGCCAGAAAAAUCAUUGUGGCAAAUGUUGGUCCAAUCGGGUGCAUACCAUUUGAAAGAGACGUGAAUCCAUCAGCAGGAGAAGGCUGUGUCAGUUUUCCGAAUCAGAUGGCACAGUUAUUUAACAACAAAUUGAAAAGCCUUAUUGCAGAGCUCAGUUCGUCUCUGAAGGAGUCAAGAUUUGUGUAUGCCGAUGUGUAUCACAUACUGGAAGAUAUCUUAUUGAAGUACGAAUCAUAUGGUUUUAGUAACAUAGAUUCAGCAUGUUGCUAUAUGGCUGGUAAGCAUGGCGGUCUGAUCCCUUGUGGGCCGUCGUCAAAAGUUUGCAGUGACAGGUCCAAGUAUCUGUUCUGGGAUCCGUACCCUGCUGCUAAUGUCCUCAUCGCAAAACGCCUCCUGGACGGCGACCCUGGCGAUAUUUCACCCGUUAACAUCCGGCAACUCGUGAACACAAUCUGAUAAGUUGACAGGAUCCCUACUCUGAUGAAAUUUGAUUGUAUGACUGCAGAAAUUAAAAGAUUAUUCCAUUCCAGUGUAAGAAAGAGUUGCGAGAAGAAAUCAUUAGUUGACAUAACCGAUAAGCUGGGCUCCAGUUUUUUAUUCCUGUUGGCAUUGAAUAAUCUGACAAAAUAUCGUCUGUUGAUCGGAUCCAUUACUUUAACCAGAAGUUUUAAGUGUUUUAGAAGUGAUCAAGUAAUUGAAUUGUUAGAAAUUGGGUACA